AUGAGCCGGCCGCACCACCACCAACCAGAGAAGCGCCUGCCACCCGUCUGGGCUGGCUCGCAUUAUCGACGUGCAUCCUCUGCGGACUUUCUUUUGCUGGUCUGGGAAUUAGUUAUCUACGCCAAAGUUAACAUACGUGCCACCAAUGGCUUGUGCGACUUGGUGCAUGGAGAGCUUGCGCCAUUGUCCUUGCCAUCGCUCUGGUUGUCACCGUCAGGACACCAUGACCCGGAAGAUUUGGGCUGGCUCACAUUAUCGACGUGCAUCCUCUGCGGACUUUCUUUCCUGGUCCGGAAAUUAGUUAUCUACGUCAAAGGUGAUGACACAGGCGAAGGUUUGUGCGGCUUGGUGCAUGGACAGCUUGCGCCAUUGUCCUUGCCAUCGCUCUGGCUGUCACCCUCAGGACACCACGACCCGGAAGAUUUGGGCUGGCCCGCAUUAUCGACGUGCAUCCUCUGCGGGCUUUCUUUUUUGGUCCGGGAAUUGGUUAUCUACGUCAAAGGUGUGGAGGGGAUCUGUUUCAUCGUGGACGCCGACAAAAUCGUGGCGGAUCUGACUUACGGUGUUGUGCUCGAACAUGGUGGCAGCCAUAAAAGCAGCCUUCAAAAAAGUGAAAGGAACCCGGAGAAGGUUCCUGGAGAUGACAAGGUCGCCGCAGAGGAAGAAGCAGAGCGCGAAAGUCAACCGUCGAUGCCAUAGAUAGGAUGCACUACUUGUCCAUGUGCUGAACUUCAUAUCAUUGCCGAGUAAAGAAAGAAUGCCGCAUCACUCGUCAUGGAGCACCAAGAUUUCUGUUAAUAAAGUGUUACUUUACUUUCA